CAACGAUGUGGCUGCCGAUGCGAGUGAAAUAUCGAAUAUCAUUAACGAGAUGAUCAUCUGCAUCAAGGGCAAGCAGCUGCCCGAAGUUCACGGUGAGAUUUGGGAAUGUGGAAUCACUCACUGGCUGUCCAGGCGCGCAAGGCAUACGGACUGCUCGGGGAAGAGCCCUGCAUCAUUGGGAAUCGACCACAUUUGGCAAUAGCCGAAUUAAGCAAAAUGGUAGCCGAAAAUAAUCUGGACAUUCGGGACUCAAAUAUGUUGUCUGAGCGCGAAUGUGUCCAGAAGAUAUUGAAACUGCUCAGCGACCGGAAGGAGGAGGAUGGCAAAACUGUGUCGGAUUACUUCCAUGAGCUGCACAGAAAACUGACGUUGAUCAACUGCGUUCCCCACAUGAGGCACUCGCUAAUGACCCAUCUGCUCUCGAUGGCCGACAAUUCGGAUGACGACAAGUCGUCUGCCAACGAAGAUCCACGUAGUCAGGGCGAUAAUCUCACUCAGAUUCUGUUCUGUCGACUAGACUCAAGAAGCUCUUCCUCAUCCAAUCAGAAUGAGAUGGAAUUGGUCAACAGAAAUGGAGCAGGAUCAAGCCACAGUUACGAUUCCUCACAGUCCAGCUUCGGAUUCAGAAAACAGUCCUUGCCAAACUACUUGGAUGCAACAAAGAUGUUUCCCGACUCUCAACAUGAUGUAGUGAUGAGUGCCAUUUACUCCUUCACCGGCGUUCAAGGGAAGUAUUUGAAGAAGGACGUGGUAACGGGCCGGUUCAAGCUGGAUCCGCAGAACAUCAAGUUCCUGACCACCGGCCAAGCGGGCAUGUUGCUGCGGCUCUCCGAACUUGGCUACUACCACGACCGAGUGGUCAAGUUUUCGGACGUAUCGACCGGCUUCAAUGCCAUUGGCAGCAUGGGCCAGGCCCUGAUUUCCAAGCUCAAGGAGGAGCUGGCGAAUUUUCACGGCCAAGUGGCUGUGCUUCACGAUAAAAUACAGCGCUUUCGGCUGGUCGCGAUGAGUGGAAUUGGAUACAGGGAGGACAGGGAUAGCGGCGACGAAUUGACGCUAUUCAAGCUGCUCGCCUGGUAUAUAAAGCCAUUGCACCGGAUGCAAUGGCUAACCAAGAUCGCCGACGCCUGCCAGAUAAAGAAGGGCGGUGAAUUGGCAUCGACCGUGUAUGAUUUCCUCGACAACGGUAACGAUAUGGUCAAUGAAUUGGUGGAGGAUCUCCUCACUGCCAUUUGUGGCCCACUGGUGCGCAUGAUCUCCAAAUGGAUACUGGAGGGCGGCAUUAGCGAUAUUCACAGAGAGUUCUUUGUGAAGUCCAUCAAAGAUGUGGGCGUUGAUCGGCUGUGGCACGAUAAAUUCCGCCUACGAUUGCCCAUGCUGCCCAAGUUUGUGCCCAUUGAACUGGCCAAUAAGAUACUCAUGACGGGCAAAUGCAUUAAUUUUCUAAGGGAAAUCUGCGAGGAGCAGGGAAUGAUGAAGGAGCGCGACGAACUAAUGAAGGUCAUGGAAUCUAGUGCCGCUCAAAUCUUUUCCUACACACCGGACACCAGUUGGCAUGCGGCCGUGGAAACGUGCUACCAGCAGACCUCCAAACACGUCCUCGACAUUAUGGUGGGUCCACACAAGCUGCUGGAUCAUCUGUACGGAAUGCGACGCUACUUGCUGCUGGGCCAGGGCGAUUUUAUCAGCAUUCUGAUCGAGAACAUGAAGAACGAACUGGAGCGACCGGGCCUUGAUGUAUAUGCUAACGAUCUCACCUCCAUGCUGGAUUCCGCUCUGCGCUGUACGAAUGCCCAGUACGAUGAUCCGGAUAUUCUAAACCACCUCGAUGUGAUUGUUCAACGUCCGUUCAACGGUGAUAUUGGCUGGGACAUCAUCUCGCUGCAGUACAUCGUGCACGGACCACUGGCCGCCAUGCUGGAGUCGACCAUGCCCACGUACAAGGUGCUCUUCAAGCCACUCUGGCGCAUGAAGCACAUGGAGUUCGUGCUCUCGAUGAAGAUCUGGAAGGAGCAGAUGGGCAACGCAAAGGCCCUUCGUACAAUGAAGUCCGAGAUCGGCAAGGCGUCACACCGCCUGAACCUUUUCACUUCGGAGAUCAUGCACUUUAUCCACCAGAUGCAGUACUAUGUACUAUUUGAGGUCAUCGAGUGCAACUGGGUGGAGCUGCAGAAGAAGAUGCAGAAGGCUACUACGUUGGACGAAAUCCUGGAAGCUCACGAGAAGUUUCUGCAGACGAUUUUGGUGGGCUGUUUUGUCAGCAACAAAGCGAGUGUGGAGCAUUCGCUGGAGGUGGUGUACGACAACAUUAUCGAACUGGAGAAGUGGCAAUCGAGCUUCUACAAGGACUGCUUUCAGGAGCUGAGUGCCCGCAAGAAGCUGUCCAAAAUUGUGGAGAAGUCGGAAGAGGAGGGUGUUUAUGGGCUGACCAACAAUAUGAUCCUGCAGCGCGACCAGGAGGCGAAGAUGUUUGCCGAAAAGAUGGACAUCGCCUGCCGCGGCCUAGAAGUCAUAGCAACCGAUUACGAAAAGGCUGUCAGCUCUUUCCUAAUGUCUCUCAACUCCAGCGACGAUCCGAAUUUGCAGCUCUUUGGCACUCGGCUGGACUUCAACGAGUACUACAAGAAGAGGGACACCAAUCUGAGCAAACCCCUGACCUUCGAGCACAUGCGCAUGAGCAAUGUGUUCGCUUUGAACAGUCGCUUCGUGAUAUGUACGCCGUCCUGUCAGGAAUAGCGACCGAUGUUCAUUCAAUCGCUUCAUCCCAGUUCCCAUAAAUCAUCACAAAUCCCAAAUCCCAUACAGCAUUAGCACUCCAUUCAGUUCAAUUGCUGCUAAAUAUUUGAGAUAUAUCGAUAUCAUUGGAGCCAA